GAGUUUUGGUUAGCUAAUGCGCAUCAGCUGCUGUUAAAAUUUUCGUAUCUCCAAAUUUUUGACAUUCGAAACGUAACAACCAUGCGCUUUUAAAAAGCAGUGUUCCUAGUCAUUUUUCUUAAUAUUUGUUUUUAAUUUUACAUUGUUUAUACAGUUGGUGUAUAAGUCCAUUUAAAAGGGUCGCUUUUAGAAGAGACAUAAUAUAUUUUGCCAAUAAAACAUGCCACCCUAUUUCUUCUACUGCUCAUAAAAAUAUGUAGGUAAAAAAUAUAAUGAAAAAAUCCUACUAAUUUUGUAAAACUUGAUUUAACAUUUUGCGAAGUUUGCUCACAUUCAUAGUUUUUUCCAUAGGUUGGGGGUUAUGAAGCAAUUAGUGUGGUGUGUUUUAAGCGCUGUUUUAGAAACUUAGAAGCAAAUUGGUUAAUAAUCGACAUAAAGUGGCUUUUUUGAGGCGAAGGGGUAAUUCAACCCUCAUGGUAGUAGUAUACUCCACUUUUGACAGUUUUUGCCAAAAUGAAUCCAAAAUACUCAAGAAUAUUAGCAACAUUAGUGAUAGUCAUUAUUUUGUACAAAGCAUUCCAACAUUAUGUCUUCCCUAGAAAACCAAUCAUUGAACAAAUCAUAAGAAAGAACGAGUUUGGUGAAGAUGUUGAAAAAGUUAAAGUUAGUGUAUAUUAUGAAGCUCUCUGUCCCGACUCAAAAUUUUUUAUUACUGGCGAACUUCUCCCACUUUUUGAUAAACUGAAAAGUAAUAUUGAGAUUGAUUUGGUACCAUAUGGAAAAGCUGAGACAACUAUUGGAGCGGAUGGUACAAUCAACUUUCGUUGCCAACAUGAAUCUUUAGAAUGUGUUGCUAAUAAAAUACACUCUUGUGUAAUUGAACAUGUUACUGAUCAAGAACUGAGGUUGAGAUACAUUGCCUGCAUGAUCACAGAUAACAUGAAGCCUGAAGAAGCAGGAGAAAGGUGUGGACGUGAAUUAGACAUUGAUUUUAGUCAUAUAAGUAAUUGUGCAGCUGACAUUAAAGGAUCUCAGCUUUUAAAGCAUUAUGGAGAGAGAACUCAUGCUUUGAACCCUGGGGUUCGAUUUAUUCCAACUAUUGAACUGAAUGAUAGCCAAAGCUUUGUUCCACAGAAAAACAUUUUGAAAGAUUUAUUCAAGUCUGUUUGCCAUGUGUUCAAGAGAAAACCAGAAAUGUGUGAACAAUAGUCUGAUUUAUAUUUAAAAUUCAAUUUGACUCUUUUUUUAUAAUCAUUUUGACCUUUUACCAACUUUACAUAAAAUAAUUUUAGUCUCUCUAAAUCUAUGACAAAUUUUAAUUAUUAAUAGGAACUAAAGUGAUUUAGCAAAUUUUAUGUAUAUGAAAGUGUUACAUAUGUAGAAAUAUAUAUCCAAAUAACAUGAGACGUUUUUAUUUUUCAAUCUUUUUUCCAAAAAAAAAUCACAUGUCAGUAGGGGGUGUACUUAAAAAAAAUGAUAUUGACAUUUUAAUUGACUUUAAAGAUAUUUCGUUUUUAAUGUGGUAUAUGGUACAACUGUUCAAAUUUAUAAAAUACUUUGCGGUAAUCUGACUUACACGUAUUCCGAUUAG